AUGACAUUAAAUCGAUUUGUCGAACACGAGGCUUGGGCUUUGUAUAGUAUCAGCAUUAUCACUUACUAGCCUGAUCUAGUAUGCAAAAUCAGAUUAUAAUUAUUUUGUAUGCAAAGGCGUAAAAUUUUCCGCUUGAUUUAUUCAUUAAUUGCAUACACUUUCCGUCUGGUCUACUUAAAAUGUUUAUACUUACUUUUGAGUGGCCAGAUAUCUGUACUGAAAUUCAAAAGGGCUCCGCCAGUUUUAAUUAAUGUUUAUAGAUGCUGACAACAAGCGGCCUAAUUGACUGUUAUUGAAGCUGUUCUAAAUAUAGAACAGUCGUCUGCCAUUAAAUGUGAUGGGUGUGUGCUUUAAGACUCACAAAAGUCUCUGAUUGAAGGGUAGAGUUACGCCUAUCUAGUUGUGAAUCGAUUGAUACUAGAUAACCAUAAAAGUGAGACGGGUUUACACAACUAAUUAAUAAUUAAUGCCAAAUAAUCUACAUUACUAGUUACAAGUUAGAUAAGUGAUUUGGUUGAAUAUUCCUAGAACACUUAUUUAUAUAAAGGCGUACGUAUUCAGAUAUUUGGUUAAUGGGGGAAAUACAUGUAACUUGUUUACAAAUUAUCAAAUUGCGAUAAGCUUUCUUAUCAUUACUCUUUGUCAGAUGAAGAAUUUAUAAAUCCUACACAUAUUAAGUAACACACUCAAUGUAAAUUGAGGAUCGGCAGUGCACACGAGUACUGUACUGCCUUCAGCAAUAUGCACUUCACGUGUAAUCGCGAAUUAGCCGGGUAAAUAUGAGGAGAUUUUACAGCCUCGAAAGUGGCUGGAAAUUAAACGAAACAGAGCAGAGCUUCAGAGGCAUGACAAAUUUGCUCCCCCAUUUCCACUUGGCAGAUCAAUAAAAUUAACUCAUACAGAUAUGGACAGCCGAAGGAGAUAUAGUAUGUGCAUAUGUUUAUUGCUAAGAUAAAUUCCCCGGCAGCAAAUCAGCAAACAGCAAAAAAGGAGGGCUUUAAUACCAACGAUCAAUAUUUGAUCAACAAAUCAGCAAUGAGAGCGGACUGGCCUGUAUCUGCGAGAUACUACUAUUUUCAACAAAAACCGUACGAGAUGCGUGAGGCGAAUUAACACCGAUGCGUUAACACAAUUAGUUGAAAAGUGAAAAACGUAGGGGGGCAGGAGAUUAAAUAAAAUAAAAUCUAUAUGCCAUUCGGGAGUGCCGACAAAAGGCGGUCCAGCAAAUUUGCAACUUUACACUCGACGGGCGUUUUCAGUCGCGCAAUGAAGCUCCAGCAUCGCGGCUGAAUCAGAAUCGAAGAACACCAGAAAUACGAGUGCCAAAAGAACCAAAACUUUAGUGAACCAAAAAAAAAAACUAAAAAAAAAAAACAGAGAGUUCUAAACGAUGUCUGAUUUAUUGAAAGCGCUGAAUAUCACGGGCAAUCUGCUGGCAGGCCUCGAAGACACAACUGCAACAUCGACCACAUUGAGUGAAGGCCUCAAUGGCACGGCAACGACCUUGGAUGCCACGUCGGCGAAUAGUGGCGAAAAACUCGAUCUUGGGGGUUUCGAUCUGCCUGGGAACUACUCCAUAUUGAUCAAUAAACUCGAGCAGCUGGCCUUGGGUUUGGACUCGGCCCUGGGCAAUUUCACCAUCGAUCGCCAGGAGGUCGAGAUUAACUUGAGUGGCGCCGCCUCCGCAAAUGAUGUCGCCGAUGUGGCCGACGAUCUGUUCGAUGUACUGCCAGCGGCUCGGGCUCCUACGCCUCAUAUAGCACACGGAUCGAGAAUAUAUACUGGAGAUGAUGGACAGGACUUUGCCCAUGUGGUCAGCGAUAUCUGGAUUGGAGUUAUACUCACACUGCUCAUCGUCUUUGUGAUUUUCUUCAUUUGCGCAUGCUUUGUGUACCACAAGUUCCAGCAGUGGAAGAAUUCAUAAUCAUUGAAGCUGAAUUAAACGUCAGUGGAAACCCGUUUAGAUUUGGACUUUGGCGCGAAGAGCCGCGAGAGCCAAGCAAAUAAAAAACAAAAACCGAAACAGAA